AUGAUGGCACGCUAUCUGCUGACUUUCCUACUUCUGUGUAAGUCCGAGACCUUUCUCUUAUAUGCAGCGAUCUUUGACAGAAUUCACUUUUGAACUACAAAAUAGGGGGUUUUUGCCUCAUUUUGAAUCUUUUGCCUGACUAUCAUUGAAAGCAAAUCCGGUGAAUACUGGCGUCGAAAUAAUAUUAUUUUAUGCACACGCACUCGCUGGUUUCGGCGGGUCAGUACGCCGCACGCUCUACUUUGUCCUGUUGCAUUCCCCCUCGUUUUAAUUCAUUUGAAGAGUAAGGCUUUGCAGCUAUCUUAGACAAACGCACUCUUCGUUUGAUGUCAAUCGAAAGCAAAUUUAUUAGCCUCAUUUCGCCGUUCACUCAUGUUUGUGCAUGAAUAUACUAGUGUUCUUAAAACUGUCUAAAAAUUAAAUAAUUAUGCUAUUUCGGCUACUCAAGCAGAACUAAUAAUCCCUAUUUAUCAUAAUUAUAAGGCAAGUCUUGGGGCUGAAAUUACAUCCGGUAUCCCCAGCAUAUGGAAGAUUGUCAUGAGCAGAUUAGCUUUAUGCAAACGUUGUCUUUACCAGUUUGUUUAAAGCCGGCAUUAACACAACAAUACACAAACGCUAUUGUCAUAAUAAUAUAUGAGUAGGUUAACUUAUGUAGACGUAAACAUUUUAGCAGUACUGUCUUUAUCAACCGCAAUACUAGUAAAAAAAUAAAGCUUUCCUUUUGCUAACCAAGAAAUCACAGUUUUAAAACGGCCUUUGUUUUUAAACAGGAAGGUUAAUCACGGCUAGGGGCUUUGAUAAAAAUCAAAGUACUCCAUGUGAGGUCUGGAUUUACAGCCGCAACUGCGUAAUAUCACAUCGUUAGCCUACUAAAACAAAAUUGAUAAGCAUACCUAACUAAGCCCCUCAUCGGUUUAAGAAGGGAAAGAGAAUGAAAGCAGAACUGGAAGCACUCGCAAGAAGACGAGUGACGGUAACCUAUACACACUCCCCGACACAGUCACCCGUUAAAUGUGGAGGCGAAGGAGGGCGUUAUCAUAACGAGAGGCCACUGUUGGAACUGCGUAGUCAUUCGUAGUGCAUGACUACUGAAUUGGAAGCGACAGAUUUCCACACCGUUGGAGCACUUCCUACUCGCUGAAUUAGGAUACUAAAGGGAAUGCAAACAGGGCUAGAAGCACGCGUAGGUAAGCGCGUGUGAACUGAUACCUGAGGUAGCCAACGCUGAUGUACAGGCACUCCACCCGCCGUGGCACAGUCCGAGGUGGAUUAAAAUGGUAAGUUAUUUUAAAUGCUCACAUUAUGGUGUCACUUAAGUAGGGCGGGAUGACCAAAACUCACCCAGUAGUGAAUUUAAGAUAGCAUUUAGAUAACGCUGCUAGUCCGUGCUUGUAGUACUCUUCGUCAACCAUGGUGAUAGGAUUUGGAGCAAUAUGACAGCUUCGUACAGUUUCACAAAGUAGUCGAAAGAUUCUCAUUUGUCAUUUACUGCACACACUCAAGUAAUGAGAACUUAUGUAUGAGUUUUAAAUGUUAAAAGUACCUUUUUCGUAUUUUCUCCGCAAAAAGGGGACAUAGAUGAUCCAAAUGGGGCGAUUUAUAACGGAGUCAAAAACCAACCCUCGUGUGACAUUUGAAUUAAAAAUAGCUCUCACUUCUAGAAAGCCUUGAUCAGUUAUCUGUUUGCUUGCAUAUUCAUAAAUAUCUUCCAGAGCAAGACCCUCCAUGUAUAACAGCGUGUUAUUUUGAGGUUCGUAAGAGGAUUAUGAUAAAAAGCCCCUACGAACAGCUCAGCUGACAAGAAUAACAGCAUUCAUUAUAGCCUGCUUGUUUAUCACCAGGCGCAAGCAUAUGCAAAAUUAAUGCCCGUUGUCUUUGUGAACAUGUCUCCUCUCUUUAUUUAAAAAAUGGCAAAUUACAUGUGCCAGUAAAAAUUUACUUUUUCUUUCAUUUUCUUUUGUUAGUCCUUCUGGGAACGCGACCGCUUUACAGCUCACGUAAGAUGAAUCGGAUAUUUUUUCGCUUAAAAGACGAUAAAAACCUUUUAAAUUGUGCUUGUGAUCUGAUUAAUAGUAACCAAUUCUUCCAAAAUAAAUAGGUUUUUUUGUUUCCAUUCGGUACUUAACAUCAGCGCAAAGUGUAGCACGUCAUUUGAUAUCUACAUAAUCUAAAAUCGUAGAGACAAGUGUGUGCCAUAAUUUAUUAGGCUUAACCAAAGCUAGGUUUAUACAAUUCAAAGUCCCGUAUGCACUGCGGGCGAUUGAAAAUCAGAGAUUCGAUCGCAAAUAACUCGCCACGGCAAUAGGCCAUAAUAUUUUCGGCAACUAUCUCAUUUAUCAUGAAACGCCCAUCUGCGAUUAGUCUAUUUCCGUUUGGCAUGCAUAGAUUGGUCAUUGCAUUUAGGCAGGUCUGUUAAAUUGUGCAUACAAUAAAGGUAAUGAUAAGUAAUUAAAUAAAGCAGUCAUUAACGUACGCGCACAGGAGCAAUCCUUUCAAUCCAAGGAGUUUUUAAAAAGGACAGAUAAACCGUUACCAAAAUGUUAACACCUUUCGCAGUUUCUACAACUUACUUACGCCUAUUCGUACAAAAAGGGCAAUUCUCAACUGGAAAUUUUAAAGACUGAUAUAACAAGUUCAGAAAAAACAGUGUUAUACAAUUGUUUAUUUUCCGUUUAUUUGUAAACGCCUGUUUUAAAGCGACCGCUUAGAUGUUUUGAUAAUCCCACCUGAAUAAGUUUCAUUAAAGCGCAUUAAGUAAAACCUAAACAUGAAUGUUUAAACGAUAUAUUAUUUUUCGAAGAAAUAAAAGGUUAACUUGGAAAAAAUCUGUCCAUUAUAGAAGUAUAGGAACAAAAGAAAAUUGAAUAUGAAUACGUGACACAAAUUCAAUUAGUAAUUGAGGAGUAACCAGGAAAUAUUAAAAUAUUGCCAGUAGGAAGUAUGGCGGAUUCGUGACAAAACCAAAAAUUAACAACACAAAGAAAAGAUAAAUGCUCAUUUGAAUGUUUAAGAUGACACGAAAUUAUUUGGGCUACUUUAUCAAAAGACCUAAAAAAUUAUAAACAAUUAACAAUUCUAAAUCAAAAUUACUGAUUAUUUCAGCAAUUCAAAUGGACAAAAAUACAAUGAAAGGCACAGAGAAAACAGGUAAGUAAAAAUUACAAAAAAUACAAAAUGAAAAAUAAAAAAACAAAUAAAGGACAGAAUAAGAAAGAAGGCAGGAUAAAAAAUACAGCGAUAAAAAUAGAAAAAAGGAAAAAAAAGAAAAAAGAUAACAUUCAAAAACGACAGCAAAAAUAAAUCAUCAGAAAGAAAAAAGCUAAAAAAAAGACAAAGAAAAAAAACGGAAAACGAAACCACAAGCUAGAGAUCGGAGAAAACGGAAUAAUCAAACAUGUAAAUAUCAAACAUUUCCAAAGAGAUGACAAAUGCAGCGCAUAGAAUAUGAAGCAGACAUGUAAAGUACAUGCAAGACGGCGCAAAGUAAACUUGAAACAGCUUAAAGCUGAAGAAGAAAUACGCGCUCGAUCGGGCAGAUAGACUACACACACAUUAAAAUUGCCUGCCGAGAAACAAACAGAAAUAUGCUAAAGUAAACACAACAUUAGGACGUGUGGUUUUAGUGUGGAGUCAUAGCAAUUUAGAAUGCUAGCAGCAAUGCUGACGAAUUGUGACCUGCAUUACUUGCUUUGCAGAAACCGUAACCGAUGUUGAAGGCGAGAUCUCGGAGACGCCCGAUGCACAGGAACCAGGUAAGCAACAGCACUGUCCAUAGCUCGGCAUUCCUAAUUAUGUGGAUGCGCCAGGCUCAGAGCCUAGAUCAUGAAGCAGCCAGAUCUUUAACCUGACUGAUGACGCACCAUUGAACAUCCUCUUCAUGAUUGAGAAUCAGCAAUAGGCUCUGCCUCGGGCAGGAUAUAUGUACUCGAUUUCCAAUAGUCACCAGACAGCUAGAAACAGAGAUUUUGAUCUAUAUCUUGUGGGUGAUGUAUAUGCUAGUGUUGUGUUCACAUUAGGACGCGUGGUUUUAGUGUGGAGUCAUAGGAAUUAAGAAUGCUAGCAGCAAUGCUGACGAAUUGUGACCUGCAUUACUUGCUUUGCAGAAACCGUAACCCAUGUUGAAGGCGAGAUCUCGGAGACGCCCGAUGCACAGGAACCAGGUAAGCAACAGCACUGUCCAUAGCUCGGCAUUCCUAAUUAUGUGGAUGCGCCAGGCUCAGAGCCUAGAUCAUGAAGCAGCCAGACCUUUAACCUGACUGAUGACGCAUCAUUGAACAUCCUCUUCAUGAUUGAGAAUCAGCAAUAGGCUCUGCCUCGGGCAGGUUAUAUGUACUCGUUUUGCAAUAGUGUCCAGACAGCUAGAAACAGAGAUUUCGAUCUAUAUCUUGUGGGUGAUGUAUAUGCUAGUGUUGUGUUCACAUUAGGACGUGUGGUUUUAGUGUGGAGUCAUAGCAAUUUAGAAUGCUAGCAGCAAUGCUGACGAAUUGUGACCUGCAUUACUUGCUUUGCAGAAACCGUAACCGAUGUUGAAGGCGAGAUCUCGGAGACGCCCGAUGCACAGGAACCAGGUAAGCAACAGCACUGUCCAUAGCUCGGCAUUCCUUAUUAAGUGGAUGCGCCAGGCUCAGAGCCUAGAUCAUGAAGCAGCCAGAUCUUUAACCUGACUGAUGACGCAUCAUUGAACAUCCUCUUCAUGAUUGAGAAUCAGCAAUAGGCUCUGCCUCGGGAAGGUUAUAUGUACUCGAUUUGCAAUAGUCACCAGACAGCUAGAAACAGAGAUUUCGAUCUAUAUCUUGUGGGUGAUGUAUAUGCUAGUGUUGUGUUCACAUUAGGACGUGUGGUUUUAAUGUGGAGUCAUAGCAAUUUAGAAUGCUAGCAGCAAUUCUGACGAAUUGUGACCUGCAUUACUUGCUUUGCAGAAACCGUAACCGAUGUUGAAGGCGAGAUCUCGGAGACGCCCGAUGCACAGGAACCAGGUAAGCAACAGCACUGUCCAUAGCUCGGCAUUCCCAGUUAUGUGGAUGCGACAGGCUCAGAGCCUAGAUCAUGAAGCAGCCAGAUCUUUAACCUGACUGAUGACGCAUCAUUGAACAUCCUCUUCAUGAUUGAGAAUCAGCAAUAGGCUCUGCCUCGGGCAGGUUAUAUGUACUCGAUUUGCAAUAGUCACCAGACAGCUAGAAACAGAGAUUUUGAUCUAUAUCUUGUGGGUGAUGUAUAUGCUAGUGUUGUGUUCACAUUAGGACGUGUGUUUUUAGUGUGGAGUCAUAGCAAUUUAGAAUGCUAGCAGCAAUGCUCACGAAUUGUGACCUGCAUUGCUUGCUUUGCAGAAACCGUAACCGAUGUUGAAGGCGAGAUCUCGGAGACGCCCGAUGCACAGGAACCAGGUAAGCAACAGCACUCUCCGUAGCUCGGCAUUCCCAGUUAUGUGGAUGGGCCAGGCUCAGAGCCUAGAUCAUGAAGCAGCCAGACCUUUAACCUGACUGAUGACGCAUCAUUGAACAUCCUCUUCAUGAUUGAGAAUCAGCAAUAGGCUCUGCCUCGGGCAGGUUAUAUGUACUUGAUUUGCAAUAGUCACCAGACAGCUAGAAACAGAGAUUUCGAUCUAUAUCUUGUGGGUGAUGUAUAUGCUAGUGUUGUGUUCACAUUAGGACGUGUGGUUUUAGUGUGGAGUCAUAGCAAUUUAGAAUGCUAGCAGCAAUUCUGACGAAUUGUGACCUGCAUUACUUGCUUUGCAGAAACCGUAACCGAUGUUGAAGGCGAGAUCUCGGAGACGCCCGAUGCACAGGAACCAGGUAAGCAACAGCACUGUCCAUAGCUCGGCAUUCCUUAUUAAGUGGAUGCGCCAGGCUCAGAGCCUAGAUCAUGAAGCAGCCAGAUCUUUAACCUGACUGAUGACGCAUCAUUCAACAUCCCCUUCAUGAUUGAGAAUCAGCAAUAGGCUCUGCCUCGGGCAGGUUAUAUGUACUCGAUUUGCAAUAGUCACCAGACAGCUAGAAACAGAGAUUUCGAUCUAUAUCUUGUGGGUGAUGUAUAUGCUAGUGUUGUGUUCACAUUAGGACGUGUGGUUUUAGUGUGGAGUCAUAGCAAUUUAGAAUGCUAGCAGCAAUGCUGACGAAUCGUGACCUGCAUUGCUUGCUUUGCAGAAACCGUAACCGAUGUUGAAGGCGAGAUCUCGGAGACGCCCGAUGCACAGGAACCAGGUAAGCAACAGCACUGUCCAUAGCUCGGCAUUCCCAGUUAUGUGGAUGCGCCAGGCUCAGAGCCUAGACCAUGAAGCAGCCAGAUCUUUAACCUGACUGAUGACGCACGAUUGAACAUCCUCUUCAUGAUUGAGAAUCAGCAAUAGGCUCUGCCUCGGGCGGGUUAUAUGUACUCGAUUUGCAAUAGUCACCAGACAGCUAGAAACAGAGAUUUUGAUCUAUAUCUUGUGGGUGAUGUAUAUGCUAGUGUUGUGUUCACAUUAGGACGUGUGGUUUUAGUGUGGAGUCAUAGGAAUUAAGAAUGCUAGCAGCAAUGCUCACGAAUUGUGACCUGCAUUACUUGCUUUGCAGAAACCGUAACCGAUGUUGAAGGCGAGAUCUCGGAGACGCCCGAUGCACAGGAACCAGGUAAGCAACAGCACUCUCCAUAGCUCGGCAUUCCCAGUUAUGUGGAUGGGCCAGGCUCAGAGCCUAGAUCAUGAAGCAGCCAGACCUUUAACCUGACUGAUGACGCAUCAUUGAACAUCCUCUUCAUGAUUGAGAAUCAGCAAUAGGCUCUGCCUCGGGCAGGUUAUAUGUACUCGAUUUGCAAUAGUCACCAGACAGCUAGAAACAGAGAUUUCGAUCUAUAUCUUGUGGGUGAUGUAUAUGCUAGUGUUGUGUUCACAUUAGGACGUGUGGUUUUAGUGUGGAGUCAUAGGAAUUAAGAAUGCUAGCAGCAAUGCUGACGAAUUGUGACCUGCAUUACUUGCUUUGCUGAAACCGUAACCGAUGUUGAAGGCGAGAUCUCGGAGACGCCCGAUGCACAGGAACCAGGUAAGCAACAGCACUGUCCAUAGCUCGGCAUUCCUUAUUAUGUGGAUGCGCCAGGCACAGAGCGUAGUUCAUGAAGCAGCCAGAUCUUUAAGCUGACGGAUGACGCACCAUUGAACAUCCUCUUCAUGAUUGAGAAUCAGCAAUAGGCUCUGCCUCGGGCAGGUUAUAUGUACUCGAUUUGCAAUAGUCACAAGACAGCUAGAAACAGAGAUUUCGAUCUAUAUCUUGUGGGUGAUGUAUAUGCUAGUGUUGUGUUCACAUUAGGACGUGUAGUUUUAGUGUGGAGUCAUAGGAAUUAAGAAUGCUAGCAGCAAUGCUGACGAAUUGUGACCUGCAUUACUUGCUUUGCAGAAACCGUAACCGAUGUUGAAGGCGAGAUCUCGGAGACGCCCGAUGCACAGGAACCAGGUAAGCAACAGCACUGUCCAUAGCUCGGCAUUCCUUAUUAAGUGGAUGCGCCAGGCUCAGAGCGUGGUUCAUGAAGCAGCCAGAUCUUUAAGCUGACGGAUGACGCACCAUUGAACAUCCUCUUCAUGAUUGAGAAUCAGCAAGAGGCUCUGCCUCGGGCAGGUUAUAUGUACUCUAUUUGCAAUAGUCACCAGACAGCUAGAAACAGAGAUUUCGAUCUAUAUCUUGUGGGUGAUGUAUAUGCUAGUGUUGUGUUCACAUUAGGACGUGUGGUUUUAGUGUGGAGUCAUAGGAAUUAGGAAUGCUAGCAGCAAUGCUGACGAAUUGUGACCUGCAUUACUUGCUUUGCAGAAACCGUAACCGAUGUUGAAGGCGAGAUCUCGGAGACGCCCGAUGCACAGGAACCAGGUAAGCAACAGCACUGUCCAUAGCUCGGCAUUCCUAAUUAUGUGGAUGCGCCAGGCUCAGAGCGUAGAUCAUGAAGCAGCCAGACCUUUAACCUGACUGAUGACGCAUCAUUGAACAUCCUCUUCAUGAUUGAGAAUCAGCAAUAGACUCUGCCUCGGGCAGGUUAUAUGUGCUCGAUUUCCAAUUGUCACCAGACAGCUAGAAACACAGAGAUUUUGAUCUAUAUCUUGUGGGUGAUGUAUAUGCUAGUGUUGUGUUCACAUUAGGACGUGUGGUUUUAGUGUGGAGUCAUAGCAAUUUAGAAUGCUAGCAGCAAUGCUGACGAAUUGUGACCUGCAUUACUUGCUUUGCAGAAACCGUAACCGAUGUUGAAGGCGAGAUCUCGGAGACGCCCGAUGCACAGGAACCAGGUAAGCAACAGCACUGUCCAUAGCUCGGCAUUCCUUAUUAUGUGGAUGCGCCAGGCUCAGAGCGUAGAUCAUGAAGCAGCCAGACCUUUAACCUGACUGACGACGCAUCAUUGAACAUCCUCUUCAUGAUUGAGAAUCAGCAAUAGGCUCUGCCUCGGGCAGGUUAUAUGUGCUCGAUUUCCAAUUGUCACCAGACAGCUAGAAACACAGAGAUUUAGAUCUAUAUCUUGUGGGUGAUGUAUAUGCUAGUGUUGUGUUCACAUUAGGACGUGUGGUUGUAGUGUGGAGUCAUAGCAAUUUAGAAUGAGAGCAGCAAUGCUGACGAAUUGUGACCUGCAUUACUUGCUUUGCAGAAACCGUAACCGAUGUUGAAGGCGAGAUCUCGGAGACGCCCGAUGCACAGGAACCAGGUAAGCAACAGCACUGUCCAUAGCUCGGCAUUCCUUAUUAUGUGGAUGCGCCAGGCUCAGAGCCUAGAUCAUGAAGCAGCCAGACCUUUAACCUGACUGAUGACGCACCAUUGAACAUCCUCUUCAUGAUUGAGAAUCAGCAAGAGGCUCUGCCUCGGGCAGGUUAUAUGUACUCUAUUUGCAAUAGUCACCAGACAGCUAGAAACAGAGAUUUAGAUCUAUAUCUUGUUCGUGAUGUAUAUGGUAGUGUUGUGUUCACAUUAGGACGUGUGGUUUUAGUGUGGAGUCAUAGCAAUUUAGAAUGCUAGCAGCAAUGCUGACGAAUUGUGACCUGCAUUACUUGCUUUGCAGAAACCGUAACCGAUGUUGAAGGCGAGAUCUCGGAGACGCCCGAUGCACAGGAACCAGGUAAGCAACAGCACUGUCCAUAGCUCGGCAUUCCUUAUUAUGUGGAUGCGCCAGGCUCAGAGCGUAGUUCAUGAAGCAGCCAGAUCUUUAAGCUGACGGAUGACGCACCAUUGAACAUCCUCUUCAUGAUUGAGAAUCAGCAAUAGGCUCUGCCUCGGGCAGGUUAUAUGUACUCGAUUUGCAAUAGUCACCAGAGAGCUAGAAACAGAGAUUUCGAUCUAUAUCUUGUGGGUGAUAUAUAUGCUAGUGUUGUGUUCGCAUUAGGACGUGUGGUUUUAGUGUGGAGUCAUAGCAAUUUAGAAUGCUAGCAGCAAUUCUGACGAAUUGUGACCUGCAUUACUUGCUUUGCAGAAACCGUAACCGAUGUUGAAGGCGAGAUCUCGGAGACGCCCGAUGCACAGGAACCAGGUAACCAACAGCACUGUCCAUAGCUCGGCAUUCCUAAUUAUGUGGAUGCGCCAGGCUCAGAGCGUAGAUCAUGAAGCAGCCAGACCUUUAACCUGACGGAUGACGCACCAUUGAACAUCCUCUUCAUGAUUGAGAAUCAGCAAUAGGCUCUGCCUCGGGCAGGUUAUAUGUGCUCGAUUUCCAAUUGUCACCAGACAACUAGAAACACAGAGAUUUAGAUCUAUAUCUUGUGGGUGAUGUAUAUGCUAGUGUUGUGUUCACAUUAGGACGUGUGGUUGUAGUGUGGAGUCAUAGCAAUUUAGAAUGCUAGCAGCAAUGCUGACGAAUUGUGACCUGCAUUACUUGCUUUGCAGAAACCGUAACCGAUGUUGAAGGCGAGAUCUCGGAGACGCCCGAUGCACAGGAACCAGGUAAGCAACAGCACUGUCCAUAGCUCGGCAUUCCUAAUUAUGUGGAUGCGCCAGGCUCAGAGCGUAGAUCAUGAAGCAGCCCGUUUCUUUUACCAGACGGAAGACUCAUGAUUUAACAUCAUCCUCAUCAUUUAGAAUCAGCCAUAGGCCCUGACUAGGGCACGCUAUAUUUACUGGAUUUGCGAUGUCACCAGACAGCUAGAAACAGAGGUUUAGAUCUAUAUCUUGUGGGUGAUGUAAAUGCUAGGGUUUUGUUCACAUUAGGACGUGUGGUUUUAGUGUGGAUUCAUAGCAAUUUAGAAUGCUAGCAGCAAUGCUGACGAAUUGUGCCCUGCAUUUAUUGCUUUGCAGAAACCGUAACCGAUGUUGAAGGCGAGAUCUCGGAGACGCCCGAUGCACAGGAACCAGGUAAGCAACAGCACUGUCCAUAGCUCGGCAUUCCUAAUUAUGUGGAUGCGCCAGGCUCAGAGCGUAGAUCAUGAAGCAGCCAGACCUUUAACCUGACUGAUGACGCAUCAUUGAACAUCCUCUUCAUCAUUUAGAAUCAGCAAUAGGCUCUGCCUCGGGCACGUUAUAUUUACUCGAUUUGCAAUAGUCACCAGACAGCUAGAAACAGAGAUUUAGAUCUAUAUCUUGUGGGUGAUGUAUAUGGUAGUGUUGUGUUCACAUUAGUACGUGAGGUUUUAGUGUGGAUUCAUAGCAAUUUAGAAUGAUAGCAGCAAUGCUCACGAAUUGUGCCCUGCAUUUAUUGCUUUGCAGAAACCGUAACCGAUGUUGAAGGCGAGAUCUCGGAGACGCCCGAUGCACAGGAACCAGGUAAGCAACAGCACUGUCCAUAGCUCGGCAUUCCUAAUUAUGUGGAUGCGCCAGGCUCAGAGCGUAGAUCAUGAAGCAGCCCCUUUCUUUCACCUGACGGAAGACGCAUCAUUGAACAUCCUCUUCAUCAUUUAGAAUCAGCAAUAGGCUCUGCCUCGGGCACGUUAUAUUUACUCGAUUUGCAAUAGUCACCAGACAGCUAGAAACAGAGAUUUAGAUCUAUAUCUUGUGGGUGAUGUAUAUGCUAGUGUUGUGUUCACAUUAGGACGUGUGGUUUUAGUGUGGAUUCAUAGCAAUUUAGAAUGAUAGGAGCAAUGCUCACGAAUUGUGCCCUGCAUUUAUUGCUUUGCAGAAACCGUAACCGAUGUUGAAGGCGAGAUCUCGGAGACGCCCGAUGCACAGAAACCAGGUAACCGUCAGCCCUCUUCAUUAUUUGGUAAUACUAUUUAUGCAUUUAUGACGUUUUCUAUAUUCUUAAGGCGACAGUUUGGCAGUGAUAUUGAGAUGUUUAGAGGGUUUCUGACUGUUCACAGAUAUUCUUAUGCCAUUCUCUCGCAAUGCCUUUGAUAUUUGUUUGCAGGCGUAGCAUUUUUUUAUUGAAUCAGCCAUGCUCAUGACUGUUUUCCUGUUUUUUUUGCAGAACGCGUAACUGAUGUGGAAGGCGAGUUUUCGGAGACGCCGGAAUUAGAAUCAUCAGGUAAGCAACAGCCCUAUCCUUAGGGCGGCAUUCCUAGCUAUGUACAUGCGCCAAACGCAGAGCAUAUAUCAUGAUGAAUUGUUAACAUUCCACUUCUCAGGUGGAAUCAUGAAUAUGCUCUGCCUCGGGCAAUUUGCGUUUACUCGGAUUGUAGUUUUCUGCUUACAGUGAUAUUUGGGAGGGCAUAGAUUCGCUAGUUGUGUGUUCAAAUUAUUACCUGUGAGUUAAAUGUUCAGGCACGACAUUUUUGUAGCAAACAGCAGUCCUCUUGAUUUGCCCUCUGCUCUUUUUCUUAACAGGCACCCUACCCUGA